GGGUCACCAGGCAUCAGGUUAUUUGGCUCGACAGCGGGCACCGCGUCAUCUGGCAAGGCAGUGGGCUCCGAGUCAACAGGCACGACAGUGGGCACCGGGUCAUCAGGUACCGGAUUGUCUGGCUCGACAGCAGGCAUCGGGUCACCAGGUAUGACAGCGGGCACUGGGUCACCAGGCAUCAGGUCAUUUGGCUUGCCAGCGGGCACCGCGUCAUCAUCUGGCAAGGCAGUGGGCACCGGGUCACCAGGCAUUGGAUCGUCUGGCUCGACAGCGGGCAUCGGGUCACCAGGCAUCAGGUCAUUUGGCUCGCCAGCGGGCACCGCGUCAUCUGGCAAGGCAGUGGGCACCGAGUCACCAGGUACGACAGCGGGCUCUGAGUCAAAUUGGCACGACAGCGGGCACCGGAUCAGGUACCGGAUCAUCUGGAUCAACAGCGGGCAUCGAGUCAACUGG